UCUCUUCUCUUUCUAAAAAAAAUAUCUCCCACAAGAAAUCACAGUAAUCUCUCUCUUCUCUCUCUCAUCAUAUUCAGGAAGAAACUACAGAAGCAUGAAGUUGAAGAACAACACACAACCCAACCCUCUUCACUUCCACAACUUCUAACUCCAAAUCCUCUCAAAAAACAUACAAAAAGCAUACCAAAAUCAAGCAACUUUGUCUUGUCACAUACAACUAUGUCAUCUCUAGAGGAUUCAUUAAGAUCUCUUUCACUAGACUAUCUAAACCUACUGAUCAACGGUCAAGCUUUCAGUGAUGUAACUUUCAGUGUAGAGGGUAGAAUUGUUCAUGCUCACCGUUGCAUCUUGGCAGCUAGAAGUUUGUUCUUCCGGAAGUUCUUUUGCUCCGGUGGCACUGACUCUCCAACCGGGUUUGGAUCCGACCCGUUAGGGUCCAGGAUGGGACCCGCUUCUCCAAGAAACUCAACAAGUUGUUCACAAGUGGUUAUACCUGUGAAUUCUGUAGGGUACGAGGUGUUCUUGCUUAUGUUGCAGUUCUUGUACAGUGGUCAGGUCUCUAUUGUACCUCAAAAACAUGAACCCAGACCUAAUUGUGGUGAGAGAGGGUGUUGGCAUACACAUUGCACAUCUGCCGUUGAUCUUGCUCUUGAUACACUUGCAGCCGCUAGAUCAUUUGGGGUUGAGCAGCUUGUUUUGCUUACUCAGCAAUUAGCUAUCAUGGUGGAAAAAGCCUCAAUUGAAGAUGUGAUGAAGGUUCUUUUAGCUUCAAGAAAACAAGACAUGCAUCAAUUAUGGACAACUUGUUCUCACUUGGUAGCAAAAUCUGGUCUCCCACCAGAAGUCUUAGCAAAACAUCUUCCGAUUGAUAUCGUGGCGAAAAUCGAAGAACUUCGACUCAAAUCAUCCCUCGCUCGCCGCUCGAUCAUGCCACACCACCACCCGAACCACCACCAUGACCUUUCGGUCGCAGCGGACCUCGAGGACCAAAAAAUUCGACGAAUGAGGCGCGCACUUGAUUCAUCAGAUGUGGAGCUUGUUAAGCUUAUGGUCAUGGGAGAAGGACUAAAUCUUGAUGAGGCAUUAGCAUUACAUUAUGCAGUUGAGAAUUGCAGCCGUGAAGUGGUGAAAGCGUUGCUUGAAUUAGGUGCUGCCGAUGUGAAUUAUCCGGCGGGACCAGUUGGGAAAACACCGCUUCAUAUCGCCUCAGAGAUGGUGUCCCCCGACAUGGUUGCGGUGUUACUAGACCAUCAUGCGGACCCUAAUGUUAGAACCAUUGAAGGAAUCACACCACUUGAUAUCCUUAGAACCUUAACCUCAGAUUUCCUAUUCAAAGGGGCGGUUCCGGGAUUAACCCAUAUCGAACCAAACAAGCUCAGGCUUUGCCUAGAGCUUGUUCAAUCAGCUGCGUUGGUGAUCUCCAGAGAAGAAGGCAAUGCUGCAGCCAAUGCAGCUUCAAAUUCAACCCAAAAUUAUCCACAAAUGAAUGAUGAUCAAACACAUACUCAUAGCAGCAGUUCAAAUAGUAGUGGGAAUAUUGGGAACUUGAAUCUUGAUUCAAGAUUAGUUUAUCUGAAUCUUGGAGCAGCACAAAUGGGAUGCAACAAGAUGGAUGUAAGUGGAGGAAGAGAAGAUCAUCAUCAACACCAUCAAAGACAUGGUUCUAAUUCACAAGGUGGUUGUGACACAUCAAUGUACCACCAUCCUCAUCAUGAGUAUUAGGUCAACUAUCUUUAUAUGUUUAUCUCUCUUUCUUUUCCUUUAUCUAGAAUUAAUCACUAUAUAUAUUCACCCAUGAAGUGGGAUUUGAUUAAGCACAAAUAUUUCAGCCAAAAGAACCUAUUUAUUGGUACGUAUUGGUAUAAUUUUUGCUCUAUAUUUGGUCACCUUUUUCAUCU